AUCAAAAAGUAGUUGCGAAAAACUUCUCGUGUUGUGCCGACGACACGGUCCGGGGAAUCGGAAUUUUUCUCGCCCACGGAUCAGGCCUGUUUACGGGAGAACGUUCGCGCGACUCAACGGCAACUGAAGAGGAGGUGAGGCCUGAACCUCUGAACCUCUAACGGCUCUCUAAUACUGUCCGCUGCCGCCGUCUAGCCUAGUAUAUGUGGAUAAGCUACGAGACGGGCGUUAGCGCGGCGGAGGGGAAAUAAGGGGAGGCUUGUGAAGUGUGGUGUGUGCGUGCGUGUGUGUGUGUGUGCAUUGAGGCCGAGGAGGGGGGCGUGAAGAGGUGUGGAAACAAACUAUAUAACAUACAACUGACUAGAACAGUCGAACCGAAAGGGGGAAAAAAAAAAUCUGUUCCUCCCCCAUUUUUUAAUCAUCUCUCCUCCAGCUAUCGUACUCAAAAGCAAAACUUUGGGAUUCUAACAAAAAUCGAGUUUUUUACCCCCCUCCCGUGUGGGUCCCCUCGGGCUAACCGCCGGUGUUAUUAUAUCACAACUGGUAGCUUGGGGGGAACAACGCCACGGCGACGAGCGACGUCGUUGCAUGAGGCCACAAAGAGUGACGACUUGUGUUUGGAGUCCCCCCCACCACAGUGCUACCGUACCCACCCACCCACGGAAAAAUCACCACCACCAACAAGCCAGCCUUCAGCAGCACAACGAAAGAAAAGUGCCGCAGCUCCGUCGAGGCUUCGUGCCCGCUUCUCCGCGUCAAUUAUAAAAAAUAAUUGGCACGCCUAGUGUUUCAAGACAGUGCAGUGUGUCGGUGCAGUUGUGAAUGCAAUCCGGUCUGUUUCCCGGUUGGUUCCGGGAGCAGCAGGGGGUGUGGAGGGGGUGGCUGAACUCCCGUAGUACUGCUAGGCCUAACCCUAGCCACAUGUGAAUCAUACGUGAGCCACGUGUUUUGCCGAAGAAUAAUAAUUACUGCCCACAGAGCACUAAAAAGUCGUGUUGCGUGUAGUGCCCACAUCUCAUUAAGCUGACACGCUGUGGAGUUCGACCAAAUAAAUUUCUGAAGCGGCCAAACAUGUUUCAGAGUUGCAGCCUCAGUCCAGGUGUAAAAUGGAAUCUGUCGAGUGUCAACGAGUUUAUUAACCCGCAGAUAUUUUGUGGUAACACUGACUUAAAAUAUUUUAUUCUGGAUACUUAAAACUAAGCCGAUAAUAGGAUAAUAUUGCAGUGUGGACAAGAUAUUUUUUAAGAAUAUAUGUUCCGAUAAUCUUGGUGAGUAAACUAAGGAACCGCUAAGUUAUACUAGAAUGACUGUCAUGGGGAAAAUGGUGGGGUCGGAGGGACAGACAGGAUAAACAUCGGUUUUAGUGAGUGUGCAGUGACCAACAUGAAGAAGCCAGGCGAAGACUGACAGACCGGUCUGUGUGUGCGUGCGUGUGUAUGUAUGUGUGCAUCAACUUGUUUUUGAGGUCCCACGCCAAUUCACGCAUCGGGCGGUCGCGGAGGGAGAGCCCCCCCGCAACAUGGCCCAGUUUGGCUUUCGAGGAUCUCCUACGGUUCAGUUGUCGGUGUCGACGGCAGAGAGCUCACCCUCACCCUCCUCGACGGCCGUCAUCCCCCCUGGGGGCACAGCGUGCAGCAGCAGUAGUACCACGGCGGUCUCCAGCAGCUGCCCGCAACCCGCGGUGGUGCGAAGUCCCCUCAGUUCGGGGGGCAGUCCCCCCAAUAAUGUCGUAGUCCCCGGUCCCACCCGAUGCUGUGAUACAGGACGACCCCUCUUCACGGACCCGCUGACGGGGCAGACUGUCUGCUCGUGCCAAUACGACUUGCUGAGUUACCAACGUCUUGCUAGUGCUGGGGUCGCGGCGGCUGGAGCUGCUGGCAUCCCGGCACUCUCGAUGUACAGCGCGCCCUACACGGACGGCAUGUCCGCGUACUUCCCGGCGCUAGGGGCCGAUCAGGCGCCAUUCUAUACCUCAACGGCGGCAGGACUCGAGCUCAAGGAAAACUUAGGGACAGGCGCCGCGACGUGGCCUUACCCGUCGGUCUACCACCCUUACGACGCCGCUGCCUUUGCCGGAUAUCCAUUCAAUGGGUACGGCAUGGAUCUGAACGGAGCGAGAAGGAAGAAUGCAACGCGAGAGACUACGAGUACACUGAAGGCGUGGCUGAACGAACACAAGAAGAACCCUUACCCGACCAAGGGCGAGAAGAUAAUGCUGGCCAUCAUCACCAAGAUGACGCUCACACAGGUGUCCACGUGGUUCGCCAACGCUCGGCGUCGGCUCAAGAAGGAGAACAAGAUGACGUGGGAGCCCAGGAAUCGCGUCGAGGACGAGGAUAACAACAACGAAGACGAUGGCAGCGCCAGCGGGCGAAAGAGUGCCGACAAUGUCAAGGACCCUGACUCGAAGGACUCCGGCACGGGCUCCAGCGAGGACGGAGACAGACCGGCAAACCACCGGCUGGAGCUCCUGGAUCGGGGUCACUGUGGGGGCGGCGGCCCUGGGGCGGGCGGUGGAGGCCUAGAUACGGGCAGCGAAUGGUCUGAGUCUCGGCCUGAUUCGCCCGAGUGUCUGUUUGAGCGACCAUCACACCUCCUGCACCCCGCAUACCACCCCCGGCUUCUGGGCACCAACCCCUCGUCGGCCACCUCACCGCCACCCCCAGGCGGUGCCAGCGGUUCAAACCCCAGUAAGCCCAGGAUAUGGUCACUCGCAGACAUGGCGAGCAAGGACAGCGACGUGCACCACCUGACGACGCCCGUGUCUACCUCAGCGUUCUACUCGGCGGCCGUUGCGGCAGGGAAACUGAUCUCACCUCUCGCGAACAGGGGACCACUGCACACGCACCAUCUGCACCAUUCCGUGCACCACCCCGCGGGCACGUACGCGAGGCCCACCCACCACGACUUCUACCGGAGCUUCUAUGGACCAGCCACACACCUGACGGGGGCGGGGGGUGGCAAUGCAGGGGACGUGUCACUGCUAGAGACAUAUUCGAGAACAUUUGGUGCAGGGUUGGGCACCGGGGGGAGCCCCGCAGGGGCUCCGGGGGCGGGAAUGACGCCGCUGUCAUCC